AGGAUAUGAUGCUGAUGCCAAAGCUCGUAAAUAUGGCAUGCGUAGUGGUGCCCUCGGAGUCCCAGGUGGUGGACAGGGUGCUGGACGUGGAGGACUCCCAGGAGGAGGUGCUGGGGCUGGACUAGGCCAAGGAGGAGUGCCUGGCGGAACUGGCUAUGGUCCUGGUGGUGCAGGAACUGGACCAGGAGGUGCCGGGUAUGGCCCUGGUGGUGCAGGAGCUGGACCAGGUGCUGGCUAUGGUCCUGGUGGUGCAGGAACUGGACAAGGUGCUGGCUAUGGUCCUGGUGGAGGAAGAACUGGACCGGGAGGUGCUGGUUAUGGUCCUGGUGGGGCAGGAACUGGACCAGGAGGUGCUGGUUAUGGUCCUGGUGGGGAAGGAACUGGACCAGGAGGUGCUGGCUAUGGUCCUGGUGGGGCAGGAACUGGACCAGGAGGUGCAGGCUAUGGUCCUGGUGGGGCAGGAACUGGACCAGGAGGUGCAGGCUAUGGUCCUGGUGGGGCAGGAACUGGACCAGGAGGUGCAGGCUAUGGUCCUGGUGGGGCAGGAACUGGACCAGGAGGUGCUGGCUAUGGUCCUGGUGGAGCAGGAACUGGACCAGGAGGUGGUGGGCCAAGACCAGGAACUGGAGCUGGAGGAUAUGAUGCAGACGCCAAAGCUCGUAAAUAUGGCAUGCGUAGUGGUGCCCUUGGAGUCCCAGGUGGUGGACAGGGUGCUGGACGUGGAGGACUCCCAGGAGGAGGUGCUGGGGCUGGACUAGGCCAAGGAGGAGUGCCUGGCGGAACCGGCUAUGGUCCUGGUGGUGCAGGAACUGGACCAGGAGGUGCUGGCUAUGGACCUGGUGGAGCAGGAGCUGGACCAGGUGCUGGCUAUGGUCCUGGUGGAGCAGGAACUGGACCAGGAGGUGCUGGCUAUGGACCUGGUGGAGCAGGAGCUGGACCAGGUGCUGGCUAUGGUCCUGGUGGAGCAGGAACUGGACCAGGAGGUGCUGGCUAUGGUCCUGGUGGAGCAGGAGCUGGACCAGGUGCUGGCUAUGGUCCUGGUGGAGCAGGAACUGGACCAGGAGGUGCUGGCUAUGGACCUGGUGGAGCAGGAGCUGGACCAGGUGCUGGCUAUGGUCCUGGUGGAGCAGGAGCUGGACCAGGUGCUGGCUAUGGUCCUGGUGGAGCAGGAACUGGACCAGGAGGUGCUGGCUAUGGUCCUGGUGGAGCAGGAGCUGGACCAGGUGCUGGCUAUGGUCCUGGUGGAGCAGGAACUGGACCAGGAGGUGCUGGCUAUGGACCUGGUGGAGCAGGAGCUGGACCAGGUGCUGGCUAUGGUCCUGGUGGGGUAGGAACUGGACCAGGAGGUGCUGGGCCAAGACCAGGAUAUGAUGCAGAUGCAAAAGCUAGAAAAUAUGGCAUGCUUAGUGGUGCCCUUGGAGUCCCAGGUGGCGGACAGGGUGCUGGACGUGGAGGACUUCCAGGAGGAGGUGCUGGGGCUGGACUAGGACAAGGAAGAGUGCCUGGUAGUCAGGGCAAUGGUCUAUAUGGAUUAGGUGUUGGUUAUGGACCAGGAGGAGCAGCAGCAGGGACUGGUCUUGGGCAGGGAGUGGGACUUGGGUCUGGGCUUGGAGGAGGAGGAGGAGUGCCUGGCCGAGGUGUUGGAGCUGGAGGAUAUCCUGGUGGUACAAAGACUCAGAAAUACGGUCCCGGUGGAGGUGGUGGAACCCCUGGUGGUGGUCUGGGUGGCAGGUUCGGUGUCCCUGGAGGAGGUGCAGCCCUGGGAGGAGGUGCUGCCUCACCCUUUGGCCCUGGGGCAGGAGGUGUAGGAGGAGGGGUGCCUGGGGCCGGGUAUGGAACUGGAGCAGGUCCAGGAGCAGGUUAUGGUCCAGGAGGUGGAUAUGGAGCCGGGGCAGGGGCAGGGCCUGGGGCUGGAUAUGGACCUGGCUCAGGAGGAUACGGACCAAGAUCAAAAGCUGCUAAAUACGGGGGUGUGCCAGGUGGCGGUGGUGUCCUUGGCAUUGGGGGGGUGCCUGGUGGUGGCGCUGGGGCUGGACUAGGAGGAGGAUAUGGUGUCAGACCAGGGGGCUAUGGAACUGUACCUGGCAGCUAUGGGACUGGACCUGGGGGAUAUGGCCCUGGAGCUGGAUCUAAAGCAGCCAAAUAUGGUCAACCAGGUGGGACUGGAGGAACAGGGACUGGGACUGGGCCUGGGACUGGAGCUGGUGCUGGUGCUGGGGCAGGAACAGGAACAGGAACAGGAACAGGAACAGGAACAGGAACAGGAACAGGUGCUGGAGCUGGAGCUGGAGCUGGGGCAGGAACAGGAACAGGAACAGGAACAGGUGCUGGAGCUGGGGCAGGAACAGGAACAGGAACAGGUGCUGGAGCUGGGGCAGGAACAGAGGGAGUGUCGGGUGGAACAGGAAAUGGAACCGGAGGCACAGGAGGUUCAAGAGUCACACCUGCCCCAGGAGUAACAGCGGCAGGCACCGGGGCAGGAGCAGGUGUCCCCGAUGGUGCUGGAACUGGAAAAGAGGGCAAGGAUGGUGAUGGAGCUGCAGGUGAACCAGGUGGUGCUGGGGGAGUUCUAGAAGGAUCUGGAAGUUCUGGAGGUGACGGUACUGGCAUCACAGGUGGACCAAUAGAUGGAGGGAUUGAAGGAGGACUGGACAUAAUCACUCCUGGUGGGACUGGAAUCCCCAUCAUUGGUGGGAAACCAGACAAAACCGACCUUGGGGGGACCCCUGUUCCAGGUGGAACUGGAGUUCCAGUACCAGAAAUUGGUGCUGGAGUAGUCCAACCCAGUGCUGGGACAGGUGUUGCUGGAGCAGGAGUGCCCUCUAGAGGUUCUUCUGGUUCCUCGGGUAUUGGGAUUGGUGUGGGGUUUGGAUCUGGUACGGGUGUUGGUGUUGGUGAGGGUACUGGUAUUGGCAUUGGUAUUGGGUACGGCUCCGGCGGGAACUCCGGGGGUAUCGGGGUCGGUCUCGGUAUCGGUAUCGGUUCCGGUGGUAAAGAUGGAGGAGGAGGUUCGGGCACAGGCAUUGGUAUAGGUAUCGGUAUUGGUGCCGGCGGAAAAUCCACUGAAGAAGAAGAUAAAGGUUCGGGCACAGGCAUUGGUAUAGGUAUCGGUAUUGGUGCCGGCGGAAAAUCCACUGAAGAAGAAGAUAAAGGCGCUUCACUUGGGGACAUUGCUGGUGGGCUUCCUGGAGCCAAACCUCUAAAGCCUCCAGGUGUCCCAAGAGGAGACACACCUGGUGAAGGAGAUGGUGAAGGUGCAGAAGUCAUCGAAGGAGGUCCAGGGGGAGUUGAAGGAGGACCAGGGGGUGUAGGAGGAGGGCCAGGAGGAGUUGGAGGUGGACCAGGAGGUGUGGGAGGUGUCCCAAGUGGAGCUGGAGGAGUAGGAGGAGGACAAAAUGGCACCAUAAAACCACCUAAGGGAUAUGGCCCUGAUGGGGCUGGCAGCCUGGGUGCUGGAGGAGUGGGAGGAGGUCCUGGAGGAGUUGGAGGAGGUCCUGGAGGAGUUGGAGGAGGUCCUGGUGGAGUUGGAGGAGGUCCUGGUGGAGUUGGAGGAGGUCCAGGAGGAGCAGGAGGAGGUCCUGGUGGAGUUGGAGGAGGUCCAGGAGGAGCAGGAGGAGGUCCUGGAGGAGUUGGAGGAGGUCCAGGAGGAGCAGGAGGAGGUCCUGGAGGAGUUGGAGGAGGUCCUGGAGGAGCAGGAGGAGGUCCUGGAGGAGUUGGGGGAGGUCCAGGAGGAGCAGGAGGAGGUCCUGGAGGAGUUGGAGGAGGUCCUGGAGGAGUUGGGGGAGGUCCUGGAGGAGCAGGAGGAGGUCCUGGUACAGGAGUGAUCGGAGGGACGGGUCUUGGCCCUGGGGCCUCCGGUGGUGUAGGAACUGGAACCCCCAAACCUGGCAAAAGCUAUGGAGGAGCUGGAGCUGUCUUACCUGGUGGUGGUUUACGUUAUCCAACGGGAGCUGGAGUGGGACAGGGAUCCGGAAAGCCAGGCAAAGGAUAUGGGGUUCCUGGCCAGUUUGGAGGGGGACGGGGAGGGGUCGGGCCAGGGGGCUUUGGUGCUGGUCCUGGGGGCUAUGGACCAGGUGGGGCUGGUGCUGGGCCAGGGGGCUAUGGACCAGGUGGGGCUGGAACUGGUCCUGGGGGCUAUGGACCAGGUGGGGCUGGGGCUGGUCCAGGGAGCUAUGGACCAGGUGGGGCUGGUGCUGGUCCUGGGGGCUAUGGACCAGGUGGGGCUGGAACUGGUCCAGGGGGCUAUGGAGCUGGGCCUGGGGGCUAUGGACCAGGUGGGGCUGGUGCUGGUCCAGGGGGCUACGGACCAGGUGGGGCUGGAGCUGUACCAGGGGUCUAUGGAGUUGGCCCAGGGGGCUAUGGAUCUGGUCCUGGAGGAUAUGGAAGCAAACCAAGCAAGAGGGGUGGUGCUGGAGGUGCUCUAGGUGGAGCUGGCAGUCUCGGGGCUGGAGGACUAGGAACAGGACCAGGAGGACUUGGCAGAGGCCUCGGAGGAGGCCUAGGAGGGGGUCUAGGAGGUGGUCCAGGUAGCUAUGGACCUGGUGGAGCUGGUGCUGGAGGAGGUACAGGGGGAGCAGGUCCUGGAGGCUUUGGUGGAGCUGGGGCUGGCGGUCCCAGAUAUCCAACUGGUGCAGGAACAGGGACAGGCACUGGAAAACCACCCAAAAGCUAUGGGGGAGCUGGUGGCAGUGCUGGAGCUGGACGAGGUGGCUACGGACCAGGUGGUGCUGGAGCAGGACCAGGUGGUUAUGGAUCAGGUGGAGCCGGAGCUGGACCAGGUGGUUAUGGACCAGGUGGUGCUGGAGCUGGACCAGGUGGCUACGGACCAGGUGGAGCCGGAGCUGGACCAGGUGGUGCCGGAGCUGGACCAGGUGGUUAUGGACCAGGUGGUGCCGGAGCUGGACCAGGUGGCUACGGACCAGGUGGAGCCGGAGCAGGACCAGGUGGUUAUGGACCAGGUGGAGCCGGAGCUGGACCAGGUGGUUAUGGACCAGGUGGAGCCGGAGCUGGACCAGGUGGCUACGGAGGUGGAGGAAUGGGAGCAAGGAAACCAGCUAAAUCAGGUUAUGGCUCCUUGGGCGGUGCGGGUUAUGGACCAGGUGGAGGAGCAGGGGCGAGACCAGGAGCAGGAACAGGAGGCCUAGGGUAUGGCUCCCUGGGUGGAGCUGGAUACAGACCAGGUGGAGGAUCAGGAGGAGUGCCUGGUGCAGGAACUGCAGGGGGAGUAGGAGGUGACCCAGGGCGGUUACCAGGAGGGGGUACUGGCUAUGGUGGUGGUGGUCCUGGUGGUGCUGGUCCUGGGUAUCCAGGUUCUCUAGGAUACGGAGCAGGAGGACAGAAAUCCAAGGCAGCAAAAGCAGCCAAGUAUGCUGCCAUGCAGGCCUUCCUGGGAGCAGGGGGCUAUAGAGGGGGUGCUGGAUGCCAGGGUAAAUACUGUGGCAGGAAGAGGAAGUGAGAGACCAACAGAAGGAAGUGACCUAAUUAAAAAGUGGUGCUACUGCCUGAUCCCGAAUGUACUUUUUUUUUUUACUUGCCUUGGAAGCUACUGCUUCGUUUGUACACGAGAUAUGAACGCCAAUUUAUAGAGUUUGACCUACUGUACCAAAGUUUUUGUUAUUUCAAUGUGCAUUGUCACUCACUUUAACUUGUUCAGCUACUAGCCCACACCAUGAAUCCUGCUUGUGUAAAACACUGAUACAGAGGACCUCUACAGUGAACCUCCCUAAACCUGUCUGUACAGUAUGCUGGCACUUACAACCUUUGCUGAGGCUUAGACACCUGGGUUAUAUUUACAGGAUGGCUUCAGGUGCACAAGCUGCAUUGGUUUUUCUUAAAACCUUGGAUUUUAAAUGUGUCACAUGUUUGUGUGUGCUUAAAUCUGUCCCAUGGUUUCCAGAGACAACGGCUGCUGGUUUAGUUGGGAACUGUGAAAUAGAAAUCAGGAUAUGUCUGAAGAGUAGUGCUUCGGCUAUUGUUUUAAAUGUAUUUGAAGAUCUCUCAACCUUCUAAAGCAGUGUGAGUCUGGAGCAACUCUUCUAUUUCAGAUAAUCAUUUUGCAUCAGCAACGUCUAAAAAUAUGGAAGCUUAUCAUCCCUUAAGCUUUUGGCAAAGGUUAUAUUAGGAUCGUUUGAAGUCAUCUGUAGGGCCUUUACAUAAUAUAUUUCAAGCUAUUUGAUACUGGGAUCAUGUGAAUGGCUAUGUUAGAUAUGUGAAAUAUUAUCAGUGUCUUAAAAACAUAUAUUGGUGUUGGGGCAUCCAUAUGGGUUUAGUUUGUGUCUGAAAUGUGCAUGUGUCAUGUCUCUUUUUUAUGCAACACUGAGGAUAUGAUUAUGAUGACAUUUGGCUUGUACAUUAGCAGUUCAUGAAAGCUAAAUGUUUGGAAACAUUAUGAUGACACUCACCGCAAGCUGGGUAUCAAUGCUCUACUGAGGUCAGCAUCGUAUUUAUGAUUGUUUUACCUCCACUGCAAUUUUGUUUUAUUCACUCUGAACUUGACAGUUCAUGUUUACUUAGAUUUUUAAAUUAUGAAAUAAACCAAAGAAAUUACAAUUUGCCAUUUAAUCUCUGUGCAGGAUUGUAUGUGCGUUGAAUACGUAUUGUGUGUAUGUCUGAAUUGUAAAAUCUUUUCAACAUUGCCUCCACUAUGGUUACAAAGUCAAGUGCUUUAUUUUGUGCUGUUUUUUAAUUCUCUCUGACACCAAUAUUACCUGUGAUGUCAAUUUGAAUUAAGUGUCUGAGUUUGACACAGUUUUGGGCUUACCCUUGUGUUAAUAUCGUUGAGCCCUGUCAAAAAUAAUCAGUGUUUUUGACAUCUGUUGUUGUUUUAAUCUGAUUUUUAAAGAGAUAACAAUGCACCUUUUUAACAGAACACGGUUUGUAAGACUUUCUUUCAUAAUUAAAGAAAUGACCAGAGCACUGUU